AAGGGAGUUAUAAGUUGUUCUUGUAAAUGAAGCAUCCACCAAACACACGCAACGAACCUGCGUCUGCGUGUGGUAGCGACUAGUGUGUGUGUGUGUGUAUAUAUAUAGUUAGAUGAGAUGGAUCUCCCUCUCUCGCUGCUACUCAUCCUAUAACUCCGAUCAUAUGUGCUCACUUUCAAUCCCAAGUCUUCUUCACUCUCUCUCCUUUUCUGUUCCAACACCUCGCGGACUGGAGAAUUUUGCAGACUUUUCACGCGAUUCUCACUCGAGAUUCCCCAUUUUUCUGGCAAUCUUAUUUUCUCGUACCUCGUGAAGCUGCUGCUACUCCGCCAGUCCGUGACAAAUUCACGGAAUUCUAGAAUAUGUGCUGAAUCUUAAAAAGUUUUUUUCGUCUUUUUUUCCCUGUGUUUGGAUCUGUUAGUUGUCCUGCGAGUAAUGAAAUCCAAAUUGAACCGGAGUUUAUGCAUAGAGAAAACUACUAGUACGUGAUUGCACUUGAUGAACUGAAAAAUGCAGUUCGAAUGCGGGGAGCUUAUUUAUGUAGUGAAAGAAUUUUCUAAAGCUUGGAGUUUUGAAACACAUAAAGCCCUAACCUUGAAGCGCAUUUAACACGGAUGAAGCGGAAGCCGAAUUCUCAUAAAUAUCAUCACAGAUGGAAGAGGAAACUUUUGGUUGUGCUCUUACUGGUAUUUUGUUUCGCGACCUUCGUUGUGAUGGAAUCGCAGUACAAUAGCAUCAAAAUGCUGACAUUAGUAUCCCUGCCUUUACAAAAGCCGAAAAUUGCUUUCCUUUUUAUUGCCCGGAAUCGGAUUCCACUUGACAUGGUUUGGGAUAUAUUUUUCCAGGGUGAUGCUGAGAAUAGAUUUUCUAUCUACGUUCAUUCAAGGCCUGGAUUCUUGUUGAACUCAGCAACAACUAGAUCAACGUUCUUCUUAAAUCGUCAAAUUAAUGAUAGCAUACAGGUAGAUUGGGGAGAAGCAAGCAUGAUCCAGGCAGAGCGUAUUUUGCUUCAAAAUGCACUAACUGAUCCUUUUAAUGAGAGGUUUCUCUUCCUCUCAGAUAGCUGCAUACCUCUAUAUAAUUUCAGCUACACAUACGACUAUAUAAUGUCUGCCUCAACUAGUUUUGUGGACAGUUUUUCUGAUACGAAAGAAAGUCGUUACAAUCCAAGAAUGGAUCCAGUGAUUCCUGUUGACAACUGGAGGAAAGGAUCUCAGUGGGUUGUUCUGACCAGAAAGCAUGCCAGGACUGUAGUUGAAGAUAAAACUGUAUUUCCUAUCUUUCAGUUGCAUUGCAAGAAAAGGUCUUUACCUGAAUUUUGGCGAGACCAGCCUCAACCUGUUGACGCGUCUAAAGAGCAUAACUGUGUACCUGAUGAACACUAUGUUCAGACCUUGCUUGCUCAAAAAGGCCUGGAGGGAGAAAUUACUAGGAGGUCACUCACUCACAGUUCUUGGGAUCUUUAUUCUUCCAAAGAUCCUAAAAGGCGAGGAUGGCAUCCCGUGACCUACAAGUUGGCUGAUGCUACUUCCACGCUGAUCGAAUCUAUCAAGGGCAUAAAUAACAUCUAUUAUGAGACCGAGUACAGAAGAGAAUGGUGCACUAGCAAGGGGAAACCCUCUCAGUGCUUCCUUUUCGCAAGGAAGUUUACACGGCCUGCUGCCCUGCGGCUUCUUGAUAUGUCUACUUUGGGAGUUUCCAGGGAAGCAACAGCAAGUAGAGCCUGAUCUAGUGGGAGUAGAGGUUCAACUAGAACGGAAUUUGUAACACAUUGUGGAUAAGCCAGAAAGUUGUAUAGUAGCAAGAUGGAUAUGGAAAAUGAGUUGUAUCUUGGUAUUGUUGUUGUAAUGAAGGUGAUCGAUCGUAUUAAUAUGUUACUCUUUAUUUUGA